AUGGAAAAAUAUUUUAAAAGAAAAUCAACAUUGGAGUCUCAACAAGUUAAUGAAGUGGAAAAUGCAUUUGCACAACAAGUUGGGCCAUCUUUGAAAAAAAUAUUUUUAGAUGUUGAUUUAGAUAAUCUUCCUGUUGAUCCUGGAGAAAGGAAUCAAAUGGCAUGUUAUCACCCAAAUGAUCGAGAUGAAAUCCGAAGAGCUUAUUUACAAAAAGGGCCUUGUCAACCAAAGGACCAUAAUUUUCAACAACGACAAUUUGGUACGUCUUUACGUAAGUUCAAUCCUGAUUGGUUUCUUGAAUUUGGUAGUUGGUUGGAAUAUACUGUAUCAAAAGAUGUUAUUUUUUGUUUAUGUUGUUACCUUAUGAGACAUGAGAUAGGAGAACACAAAGGUUGGGAUGCAUUUGUGACUGAGGGAUUUUCAAAUUGGAAAAAGAAAGAUAGACUCAAUGUCCAUGUUGGAGGUCCUAAUAGUGCUCAGAACCAAGCUUGGAGAAAAUGUAAUGCACUAAUGAAUCAAAAACAACAUAUUGAAGUUGCUAUCAACAAACAAUCUGACUUGAUUAAAAGGGAAUAUCAUAUUCAUUUAACUGCAAUAGUUGAUUGUAUUGGACUUUUAUUAAAGUUGGGAUUAGCAUUUCGCGGUGAUGAUGAAUCAGUGGAUUCAAAGAAUAAAGGUAAUUUUCUCGAGAUUCUAUAA